CUUUCCAUGAAAUGACAGAUCGGUGGGAAUUAAAAAAGAACUGAAACGAGACCUACAUGUGCAGGACACUGGUGAAAAGUACUGCUCUUGCUGAGAGCUCAUCGGAUUGAAAUUGGAGGACAUAAUGGGAAGCAAGGGAAAGCAUACAGCAGAAAGGUAUGCAGUGGUUACAGGAGCAAACAAGGGCAUCGGCCUUGAAACCGUGAGACAACUGGCGUCUCAGGGAGUCACGGUUGUCCUGACAGCUAGAAAUGAGAAGAGGGGGAUGGAGACAAUCUCAAAGCUCCACGAGUCUGGCUUGUCAAAUGUUGUCUUCCAUCAGCUUGAUGUCUUGGACCAGGCCAGCAUCCUCAAGUUGGCCAAGUUCAUCCAGGAAAAAAUUGGCAGGCUCGAUAUCUUGGUUAAUAAUGCUGGUGUUAGUGGUGCUGUAGUUGAUGAGGAAGGCCUAAGGGCCUUAAACAUAGAUCCCACAUCAUGGCUCUCAGGAAAGGCUGCCAACUUGGUUCAAGGAGUUAUCAAACAUACUGUUGAGAAGGCAGAAGAAUGCUUGAAUACCAAUUACUAUGGUGUGAAAAGGCUAACAGAGGCUCUCCUCCCACUAUUACAACUUUCCCCUGCAGGAGCAAGGGUAGUCAAUGUGAGCUCCCUCAGGAGUGAACUAAGGAAGCAUCACUUUAAGCAGAGGAUUCCAGGUGAGCAUAUAAGAAAAGAACUGGGAGACAUAGAGACCCUAACAGAAGAGAAAGUGGAUGCGAUUUUAAGAAAAUUUCUUCAUGACUUGAAAGAAAAUGCACUUGAAAGCAAUGGAUGGACAUUGAUGAUGCCUGCUUAUAGCAUCUCCAAGGCCAGCCUCAAUGCCUACACUAGAAUUCUUGCCAAGAGGUAUCCUUCCAUGUGUAUCAAUUGCGUUCAUCCUGGCUUUGUCAAGACGGACUUGAACUGGAACACAGGAAUAAUGACUGUAGAAGAGGGGGCUAGAGGCCCAGUAAUGCUGUCUCUUUUACCUGAUGGUGGCCCUACAGGAUGCUACUUCGAUUGUACUCAAGUUGCCGAGUUUUGAUUUAUAGUCGUUUUCCUUUCACAGCAAGUCAAGAUUUAAAUAAUUUACCAUUCCGCUACUGAAAGUACCAUUACGUUCUGCUUCAAAGUUGAAAAUGUGGCUGAAGGUUUAUCUUUUAAGUCUUUUGCAAAUAAAUUAUUAAGAGCACUGAUUAUGCAAAUGCGAAGCCAACGGGGUGUUUGGCUAAUAAAGUCUCAAAAUGUAUUGCAUUGGAUUAUGUAAAUGUGAAAGGAAAUGGCUUUUUGCUAUAGUAAA